CAUUUAACCACCAUCAAAUCAUUCCAAAGAUGUCGACAACGGGACAGACAGAUGCGGGACCGUCCGCUUCUGGACCGACACCGGCACCAGCAACAAAGGUAAAAGCACCGCCAAGACCUGUACCGCCAAUGUUGAAACCGUUACAGUUUAUGGGCAUUCCACGAGGGGUGUUAACAUGGCAACCAAGAUUACCGUCAAGGAAUUGGAGUAUCUUUUUAGGUUUGACAAUCUCACUUUCAUCGCUAUACAUAUACGAUCGUAGAGAAUGCAAGCGAAUCAAACAGGAAUAUAUUGAUCAACUCAGCCAUCUUGCCAAAGAGCCACUCAAGCCAAACGAAUAUCCAAGAAAGGUAGCUGUGUAUACGGCCAGAAGUCCAGGAGAUGAAGAUUAUGAAAAGAGUUUAUUGUUCUUUAAACUGUAUGUGAAACCAUUUUUGGUAGCUGCUGGUAUUGACUGGAGUACGACAAAUGGAACGAGACAUGGUGGACUUGCAAGGGAAUUACGUGAACGCCAUUAUGCUCGUAGACGUCAACUAGCAGGCUUGGAACCUUGGGGUACACCUCCUUCUACCGCAACUGAAACAAUGCCUGAUCCCACAAUUGCAGGAUUGACACAAUUCAGUCUCACUCCUCAACAACAACUACAGCAAGAAUUAGAUGGUGGGGUGAUUUUGGUGGGAAGGCCAGCAUACAAGGAAUGGGCAUGGGGACUACGCGAAGGAUGGACGACAAGACUGCCGCCAAAGAGGCAAGAUUUGGACGAUGAACUAGCACGCAUCUUGAGUGAUGACGGAGCUUUCGAUGAAGUUGAAGAACAAAAGGAAGUUUUGAUGGACGAUGAAUCUGAAAAGGUUAACGUCGGUUUGACUUCAGAUGAUGGUGUUGAGCCAGAUGGUGCUGGUGCUCCUCUACCGAGCAGAUUGAAUUCGCCUGGCAGAGGACCGAUGUCGUUCAAUCCUGCAUUCCAGCCAAUCAACUCAUCGACUUCAUCUGCUCGUCAGCCUAAAUCAAACGAUGAAGAAGAGAUAAACGUCAACCCAGCACUACUAGAACCUCCAAGUGAAGUUCCCGCUCAACCUCCGAUCACAUUCGUCGAUUAUGUCAAUCUGACAGGAUUCCGACAUGUCCCACGUAAGAUCGUUGGCUUUUUCAAUCAUAGAGAUCGCUUCCUGUUAGGUGGACAGGCCGCGAUGAACUUAGCACUUGGUGAUAAAACCGAUGCACGCGAAUACGAAGUUGUGCUGAACGAAGAAGGACAAUUGGCACGAUCAGAACCACCACAAGGAGGUGAUUUAGAUUGGGGACUAGAAUCCGAAAGAUUCUAUUUACCCAAAUUUAAUCAAACACCACAAGACGUUGAAAAAGCAAAAGAAAAUUUUUAUAAAGAACUUAAACGUAGAUUGCAAGAUACACGUUCUUAUGUUCGUGGUCAACGUGAACUUACAGCAACCGAAAAGAAUGAUCCGCCAAAAAGUGAAUCGGAUUUACGUGAAGAAAGAUUCCGUAGAGAAAAAGAAUGGAGACUCCUUAUGCAGGGAUAUGAAAUCUUACGGCCAAGUGCUGGCGUCAUUUGGCAUCCUGCUUUCAGGACCCGUCUGCGUGUCUAUCAACAUCAGGACAAAAGACCACCUACCUUACUCUUAAUGGUCCAAAUGUCCUUGCAAGCACCUGUGCCAACGACAGGUAGUCCUAGUGUAAAUGGCUCUCAUUCACCUCAAGCUUCUAUGAAAAGCGCUAUUGGUCAGCCAAGUAUUGUUGUACAUAACCAUGGUGGAAGUGUUCCUGGUCCAAAUGCUCAUACAAGUGAUUUACCUGUUUGCCCUGACUGCAAUACAAAUCCUUAUGUACCGAGGAGGGUGUUUGGAAUGUUGCGAAAGGAAAAGUUUUCGCUCAUCUUGCUCUCGUCACGUCAACGAGUCGGACAGGAUGAACGCUUCUUGGAUAAAGUGUAUUUGAUCUGUCAUCCAAAGAGGUAUGCGAUCAAGACCGAUGCUUCUUCGACUGCCAGUGAUCGCUUGCAAGAGCUCCGUGAAUGUGUUUAUGUUUAG